AUGACCACAGACUCUGCUAGCCACCAAACUCAAUGCAACGGAUCAUCCCCAGACAUCAUGUCCCAGCCUCUACGAGAAAUCUUCUCCGAAAAUGUGCUGGCCAAGAUCCUCCGCGUGGCCGUCCAGGCAUUAACCAACAAUGAUCCUCCCACCGUCUAUCCGGAAUUCGUCCCUCAGAAAGGCCCCUCGACAGGCCACUAUAUCCUCCGCGAAUCCUCCUUCUGGACCAGCGGCUUCUUCCCAGGGCUCCUGUAUCUCCUCCUCGAACGAGCCAUCCGAUACCCCUCGACCUUCCCAUACCUCGGGCACAACCCCAAGACCACAGACCCAGCGCCCCUAAGAGACCACCUCCUCUGCCUCUGCACCAAAUGGACCGCCCCCAUCUACCCCAUGUCCCUACGAACAGACACCCACGACCUCGGCUUCAUCCUCGCCCCCUCCCUCCGCCGCUCCUGGGAACUCACCUCCAACCCCUCCAGCCUGCACGCCCUGCUGACAGGCGCCCAAAGCCUCGCCUCGCGGUUCGUCCCCUCCACUGGCGCAAUCCGCAGCUGGGAUACCCUCCGACAAUCCGACGUGCAGAUCACCUCCCUAAGCACAGACUGCCUCGUCAUCAUCGACAGCAUGAUGAACCUCGACCUCCUCUUCUACGCCGCCACGCAUCUCGGCCCAGAGCUCGCAGCCAUCGCAGCCACACACGCAAAGACACUCCUCACGUCCCACCUCCGCCGGGAAACCACAGGAGACAAAGAGGCCUACUCAACCAUCCACGUCGUCAACUUCGACCCCGCCUCGGGGGCUAUCAAGGAGCGCCGCACGGCGCAGGGGUACGCGGCGAGCUCGACGUGGGCGCGCGGCCAGGCGUGGGCGAUCACCGGGUACGCGCAGACCUACGCCUGGACGGGAGACCCGCAGUUCCUGGACGUGGCGAUUGGGCUGGCCGAGUACUUUCUGGUGAGGCUUGAGGGGGCGCCGGAUUGUGUGGAGAGGACGGUUAACGGGAGGAUGGUCGGGAGGUACGUGCCGCUGUGGGACUUUGAUGCCCCCGUCGACGAGGACAGUCCGUUGCGGGACUCGUCUGCGGGGGUGAUUGCUGCGAAUGGCAUGUUGCUGCUCUCGCAGGCAUUGGUUGGGUGUGAUGAGAGGGCGCGGCGGUUCCGGGAUGCGGCGAUGAGGAUCGUGAGCGAGACGGUUGAGUUUUCGUACUCGAGGGAUGAGGCGAGGAUUGUGGAUGGGGGGAGGAUGCAGGUGGAGGAUGUGUCUGGGAGGCGGUUUGAUGCGAUUCUGCGCAAUGCGACGGCUAAUCACAAUGCGCAGGAUCUGGAGAGAUACAGUGAUCAUGGGCUGGUGUAUGCGGAUUACUAUCUGCUGGAGUUUGGGAAUCAGUUGUUGAAACUGGGGUUGAUAUAG